UCUAGUCCAUCUUCUUCUUCACUAAAUUAAAGUCCCAAAAAAGUACUUAAGAAAAGUUAUUAAACGUACUAAUCAUCUCUGGUGGCUCUGCUCCCAAGUCUACAUCUUUCUCCAGUCGGAUCUUAAAACUAUCCAUCUUCUUCACUCAUCCAAAAUCCCUAAUUCUCUGCAAAUCUAUACAUACAGUGUUCCUAUAUCUAUCCAUCACUAUAUAUAUAUAUAUAGAGCACUUUGAGUUGUCAGUUGUCACUAUUAUUAUGGCUUCUUCACCUGGCAAUCCAAACCAACCAGGUGGUGGUGGUGGUGUUAAUACUACAUCACCAUUUGAUAUGCACAAAUUCUUCAAACCCUCAAACCAAACAAACCCUAAUAAUCCUCAACAAAACCCUAAUUUAAUUUCAUCUUCACCUUUCCCACCCCCUAAUGCUUCUUACCCACCACCCACCACUACCCCUGGUGGUGGAUUAUACCCAUACCCACACCCUCAAUUCACUCACCACUUACCCCAAUACCCCAACCCCCCACCACCCCAACAAUAUGAUAACAACAAUAAUACCCAAUUUGCAAGAUCCAUUUCUUUCCCCACCCCCCCACUUCAACCCCCCACCCCACCCCCACCUAGUACUAGCCCCCACCCCCACCAAUACCCUAACCCUAACCCUAACCCUGGUGCUAGGCUAAUGGCUUUAUUAAGUGCUCCACCAUCUACUACUCUUGAAGUGGGUCCGAUACAAUCCACUAUGCAAAUGGCUCCAAUCCAACCCACAACUUCCGGGUCGGAUCUUGAAUUUUCAUCGGGCCCGAAUGUUCCAGGCCCGGGCCCGAUGAGGAUGGCGAGUAGUAAGUUGCCGAAAGGAAGGCAUUUGAAUGGUGAUCAUAUUGUGUAUGAUAUUGAUGUUAGGUUUCCUAGUGAAGUGCAGCCUCAACUUGAGGUUACUCCUAUUACUAAGUACGGGUCGGAUCCGGGUCUUGUGUUGGGCAGGCAAAUCGCGGUUAAUAAGACGUAUAUUUGUUAUGGAUUGAAAUUGGGGGCGAUUCGGGUUCUUAAUAUUAAUACUGCAUUGAGAUCAUUGCUUAAAGGUCUUGCGCAGAGGGUCACAGACAUGGCUUUCUUUGCAGAGGAUGUUCAUCUCUUGGCUAGUGCGAGUGUUGAUGGCCGGGUUUAUAUAUGGAAAAUUACUGAAGGACCAGAUGAAGAAGAGAAGCCACAAAUUACAGGAAAGAUUGUCAUUGCUAUUCAAAUCGUGGGUGAGGGGGAAUCUGUUCACCCGCGUGUUUGUUGGCAUUGUCAUAAACAGGAAAUUCUUGUGGUUGGAAUCGGGAAACGCAUUUUGAAAAUUGAUACCACGAAAGUGGGAAAAGGUGCGGCAUUUUCAGCCGAUGAGCCUGUCAGGUGUCCCGUUGACAAGUUGGUUGAUGGGGUACAACUUGUUGGCUCCCACGAUGGAGAAGUGACUGAUUUAUCAAUGUGCCAGUGGAUGACCACUCGUUUGGUAUCUGCUUCAGUGGAUGGCACGAUAAAGAUAUGGGAAGACCGCAAGACAAAUCCAAUCGCAGUUCUCAGGCCUCAUGAUGGUCAUCCUGUUAAUUCUGCUAUGUUCUUGGCUUCCCCACACCGCCCAGAUCACAUCAUACUCAUCACUGGGGGUCCUCUUAAUCGGGAGAUAAAGAUAUGGGCAUCAGCAAGUGAAGAAGGCUGGUUGCUUCCUAGUGAUGCUGAGUCAUGGCGCUGUACACAGACAUUGGAGCUGAAGAGUUCAGCUGAGGCUCAUGUCGAAGGGGCAUUUUUUAACCAAGUUGUAGCCUUGUCUCAAGCAGGUCUUCUCCUACUAGCUAAUGCAAAAAAGAAUGCUAUAUAUGCCGUGCAUGUAGAGUAUGGCCCAAACCCGGAGGCUACCCGGAUGGAUUACAUAGCAGGAUUUACGGUUACCAUGCCAAUUUUGAGUUUCACUGGGACGAGUGACCUAUUGCCCCAUGGUGAACAAAUCGUUCAGGUGUAUUGUGUACAAACGCAGGCCAUUCAGCAGUAUGCCUUGGACUUGUCCCAGUGCUUGCCACCUCCAACAGAGAGUGUGGUUUUCGAAAGGACAGAAUCCGGUGUUUCCCGUGAUGCUGCUAGCACUGAAGGAUUCGCUCCUGUUGAUCCACCUGGAAGUAAACAGCAGGAGUUACCUUUAUCUAGUUCUGCACCUAAAUCAUCAGUACAUGAAAUUGGCUCUGAGGUUUCACCAACACCUAGAUAUCCUACGAGUACUGCACCUACUGAAUCGGCCACCUCUCAAGAAUUCGCUUCCUCCAUUGUAGAAACUAAAUCGUCUACUUUGCCCAGUGUAACUAGUGAUAGUGAUAUUGCCCCCAGUGCAUCACCUCCGCCUCCUUUGAGUCCUAAAUUGUCUCGAAAACUAUCUGGUUUUAGAGGUCCGUCAAACAGCUGUGGGGCUGACACAUCUGAUAAUGACCAAGUUGGGAAUCAAAAAGUUGUUGAAUAUCCAGUUGAUUCGACACCCUCAAAUUUGUCAGAUGUUGCUUCCUUGGAUGAUGAACCUAAAAUGUCACGGGAUGAUGUUUCCUCAGGUAUCAGUCAGCCUGUUAAGUUCAAGCACCCAACUCAUUUGGUGACUCCCUCGGAGAUAUUGAGGGCUAGAUCAUCCUCUGAGGUUAGCAUUGUUAAUGAGCAGAAAAGUGAGUCAGAAAUGAAUAUCCAGGAUGUCGUAACUAACAAUGACACCCGUAAUGUAGAGAUGGAGGUUAAAGCUGGUGGUGAAACAAAAUUCAGUAAAAAAACUGAUAUUGGCUCUCAAGAUAUUCAUUCUUUUGUGUCAGAAAAUAAGGAGAAAGCUUUUUGCUCUCAAGUAUCUGAUCUUGGAUUAGAAAUGGCUCGAGAAAGUCGCGCCUUUUCUCCUGAGACCUGUACUGUAGAGGAAUCUAGGGGGCUUGAUGGGGCUAGUGGAAGUGAGGGACCGUCUCAACCUUCAAUUACACCGGAGGAAGAUCAUGGCUCUGCAAAGGAGGUCUCUGAAAAGGAUCUAGACUCAACAACGUCAGUCACUGUUCAGCAACAACCAGCACCUAGUGCAAAAGGGAAAAAGCAAAAGGGAAAGAAUUCUCAAGUUUCUGGGCCAUCUUCAUCAUCACCAAGUGUUUUUAAUUCAACAGAUUCUCCGAGUGAGGCUGUUGUCAGCUCAAGUAGCCCUUCUAUGGAAACUGCUUUCUCACAAAUUUUGUCCAUGCGUGAGAUGCUAAAUCAGGUUCUGACUACGCAAAAAGAAACACAAAAGCAGAUGGAAAUGAUGGUUGCUGUUCCAGUGACCAAAGAAGGAAGAAGACUUGAAGCUGCCUUGGGUCGGAGCAUGGAGAAAUCGGUCAAGGCCAAUUCUGAUGCUUUAUGGGCUCGUUUACAAGAAGAGAGUGCAAAACAGGAGAAGUCUCUUCGUGAUCGUACACAACAAAUAACCAAUUUGAUCUCUAACUGCUUAAACAAGGACAUGCCAGGGCUGAUGGAAAAAUUAAUGAAGAAAGAACUAGCAGCUGUUGGACAAGCUGUGGCACGCAGUAUUGCCCCUACUAUCGAUAAAACUAUAUCAGCUGCAAUUUCAGAGUCAUUCCAGAAAGGAGUUGGUGACAAGGCAGUGAACCAACUAGAGAAAGCAGUAAACUCCAAACUUGAAGCUACUGUAGCUAGACAAAUUCAAGCACAAUUCCAAACUUCUGGCAGGCAAGCUCUUCAGGAAACACUGAAAUCUACUUUGGAAGCUUCAGUAAUCCCUGCCUUCGAGAUGUCAUGCAAGGCAAUGUUUGAGCAAGUAGAUUUAACAUUUCAGAAAGGCAUUGCUGACCACUCGGCUGCUGCACAACAGCAAUUUGAGUCCAUGCAUUCGCCGUUGGCACUUGCUCUAAGAGAUGCCAUCAAUUCCGCAUCGACAAUGACCCAGACAUUGAGCGGAGAGCUUGCUGAUAGUCAGAGAAAGUUGCUUGCUCUUGCAGUAUCUGGAGCAAAUUCCCAAUCAGCAAAUCCACUGGUUAGCCACAUGAAUAAUGGAUCAUUGCUGCAUGACAAGAUUGAGACACCUCCAGAUCCGACAAAAGAGUUAUCCAGACUGUUAGGGGAGAACAAGUAUGAGGAAGCAUUCACUGCAGCGUUACAAAGGAGUGAUGUGUCAAUUGUUUCAUGGUUAUGCUCUCAGGUUGAUUUGCCUGGGAUGUUGUCCUCGAAUCCUCUCCCUUUGAGUCAAGGAGUGCUCCUUUCACUUCUUCAGCAGUUGGCAUGUGAUAUUAGCGCAGAGACUGUCCAAAAACUAUCCUGGAUGAGGGAUGUGCUAUCUGCCAUAAAUCCAACUGACCCAAUGAUUGCUAUGCAUGUCCGGCCCAUCUUCGAGCAAGUAUAUAAUAUAUUACACCAUCGCAGAAGCAUUGCCAACACACCACCUGCUGAACUUUCAAGCAUUCGGCUGAUUUUGCAUGUUAUCAAUUCGAUGCUGAUGACUGGUAAAUGAUGAUAAUCAAGAAUAAUGAUCAUGUUUGGUGAAUAUAGGAGAAGCCUGUACAAAUCCUAGGGAUUUCCAUGGAAAGGCUAGUGGAGAAUUGAAGUGUACAGUGUACACCACCCUCCUAUUAUCUCUUUUUUUGUUCUACUUUUUCUAGGUAAAAUCUGUAAUCAUUUUGGCUGAAUUUUCAAGUUGAAAAAAAAAAAAAAGGAAGAGAAUUUCCAAGUUGUAGAGUUGGUUCUUUUGGGUGAGUAUGAUACAAAAUUUUGUGCUCGUACAUUGUUAUACUGCAAUUUCAACUGGCAACUCAAACUGUCAUUCUUGUGAUAUCAAUGUGUGCUAGAAAAGCUCCUUUUUUUA